ACAUCCAUACUUGUCCAAUUGCUAAGUGGCUAAGAGUGUACAAAUAUACUACCAAAAUCACUCCUUAUUCAUGCGCACUCAUGCAGAUGUUCAGCACACAUACACCCAUACUCAUUUACAGUGCCUUCCCAUUUUUACAACAAAACAUACAGAAGUCCUUUUUGCACUUCUCACUUAGCAAUAUGUGGCUUCACCUGUCCCACCUUACCUGACUGAGCUCCUGCAGCCAUACACCACUGCUCAAACUCUUAUGGUCACCAAUACCGGUCUAAAGGGGGUGACUUGAAUGCAACUGACAUCAAUGGGGGAAGAUAUUUAGAGCUAUAAAAUUUGUAGUGCCAUUCCGCAGGACCUAUGUGACUGUACUUUUAUUUCUUUAAAUUUGAGUGGACUUUCCACCACAGCACUUUUGCCCUUCUUCAUAUUGGAUCCAGAGGCUAACCUGGAAACAUGCCCUGGAUGGGCUGGCAAUUUGUCACAGGGCACAAUAUACACAAACACACACUAAUUUAAAGAUAGGGGCAAUUUAUCUUUGUUAUCUGUGUCCACUUACUAGCAUAUAUUUAGGAGAUAUAUUUAGCAGAAACCAGGGAAUCUUGAGCACUGAACAUUCACAGAAACUCCAGAAUCAAAACAGAGCUUUGCGGUGACAACUCUAACUGCCCCACAUUGCACUGUAUUUUAGUGGUCUUUAGUUAUUUGUUGCUUUUAAGGUUAGUACAACCGUGCCCUGAAAAGAGAGGAGAAAAAAGGAAAAACAAAAGUAACCUGUCCUCUAACAGCCUGAUAAAAGUUUGCUACCCAAUGAUCACAAAAUGUAACAUUUAUAUAGGAUUUGCAUUUAUCACGUGGUAUAAUUUGUUACAUUCUGCUUGUAUACUGGCUGCUAUAGUUUAGCAGGUUAUGCUGUUGAAAGUUUUUAUUUAAAAUCAUUAAUUUUAACCUUGGGAGCUCGACCUUUUAAGGGUCUCUGUAUGGCUCUGGAACAUUUAAACUAAAAAUAAAAUUGGCACAAAGCAAGAGUGCCCAUGUGCACAAUACCACCUCCUAAACUAUGAUUGGGCAGGAAUUCACUCUCACAAGCAAGUUGGAAUCUGACAACUGAUGGUCAUUCACAUUUCCUUCACAUCAACUCCACAAAACAUUGCUAUUUGUCCAUAGAGAUUAACACAGUCUAAGCUUGUACUGAUCAAGCAAAACAUACCUUUAAUUGAAAUACAUAUUUGUUUUAUUUCUCAUUAUUUUCUGAAAGAGUCCUCGAAGGCAAUCAGAUUUCCUUCAGCCUCAGUGAUGAAGUGAUCUUGUGUUGAUGACCUGUAGUCAGAGUACACACUCCAAAUCACUGGGUCUUCACAUAUUGACCGUGGUGACCUUUCUGUGUAAUACCAGACAGAUAUGUGUCUAUUUGACAACUGCCAAUUUCAUUCAGUUUGCAAAGACAAAGAUAGAUAUCUAUCUUGAUAGUCAACAAUAUAUAUUCUGGAAUAUUUAAUGACUUCAAAUUUCAACCGUUAAGCCUAUCAUUUUGACAAGCACAUUGCAUUAUCAGAUGGAUUUCAUCUGGGUUCUCUUGUUUCCUCCUAUAUCUCAAAAACAUGUCUGCUAUACUGAAAUGUUAGGAGUGCAUGAGCGUGUGAACGUGUGUGCCCUGUGAUCCACGAGUGUCCCAUUUCUAGGUGUGUUCACGGAUUAGGCCCAGUCUGGAUCCAUCACGACCGUGAUGGAUCCAUCAGCGUCCAUGGUUCAGGGUCCAUGGUUCUGGAUCCAUCACGACCCUGACCGCGGUUACUGAAAAUGAAUAAUUUUAGUCAGAAUCCUGUGUUCAAAAAGAGGUGACCUCACAAGUGACCUGACGUCAGUGAUGGCGACUGUGGGUUGGUCAUUCCUCAAGCAAAUUAGCUAAUGGAGUAAAUUCUGGAGAAGUACUCAACUGUUGUCAAUCAGACAGCUGUCUCGAACCGCAUGUAUGAAUUAUGCGAUGUAAAGCAGUCUCAUACCUGUGCAAUGGGAGAUCCAUGGACAUCGAAUACAACUUCUCCGUGUAGACUUGAGCAGUUUAGUGCACGAUUUGUGAUUUUUAAUUACUCUCUUCCCUGCUUUACGUUUAUUAUCGGGACUUCAGCUAAUCUGCUUGUGUGUUGGGUCGCUUUCCGAGCUAAAAGUCUGCGCACUGGCAGCAACGCGCUGCUAGUUAACCUGGCCGCUGGGGAUCUGAUGAGAUGUUUUGUGGACUCUCCGGUCUUUCUGGCCGUGUUAGUUUUGAGAGAGAGGCGCGUGAGGAGCGGCUCGGUGCUGUGCCGCGUUCAGCAGCUCACAUAUUUACUGUGCAGCUGCGCUCAGUUACUCACACUGGCGGCUAUCAGCGUGGAGAGAUACCAGACCAUCGCUUUUCCGUUUAGCACAGACAUGAGAAGAGGACGGAUUCGGAUCUGGAUCCUGAUUAUUUGGAUCGUUGCAGUUACAGUCUCCGUGUCCUCUGUGAUUCUGUCCAAAGAUCCUCUGUCCUUUCCAUCGUGCCGCCACAUGUACUCUCCAAAGUUGCGCGCUUUGCAUGUGGACUCUUUCGACGCCUAUGUUUUGAUCCCCAUCUGGACUUUAUGCGUCAUUUUGAUAGCCGUUAACUACUUGCGCAUCUUCGUCGUUGUGAAACAGCAUUCUAAUAAGAUAUUUGACUCGGGACUGCAGCCAAGGCUGUGUGUCGUGACGCGCGUCUCAAGCUGCCGGCUGCCCCAGUCAAGUGCACUAGAGUCGGUUGGAGGUGAGGGAGAUUAUCCGUGCCCUGCCACUGAGAUCGUGGGCGCUGUUUGUGUUCUCACACCUAAAGCCAAAGCGCUGGGCAAGGCAAGAGUAGAGGGCAAGUUAGCCAAGAGGCUCGGCUACAUCAUCGCAAAUGUGGUCCUGUUCUGGAUGCCGCUGGUUCUCCUACUGACCCUCAGACUGGUGGUGAACUGCAGAGAGUGCUGUAACUGGUUAAUGUUGGAGUUGGAGACCUCUGCGAUGGUAUUGACGUGUGUACCUGCUGCUGUGGACCCGCUCAUAUACACACUGCUCCAUCGCCACUUCUACACCGAGUUCCGUAAACUCUUUUGCUCCAAUCAGAGCUGCUGAUCAACCAGUCAAGAGCUGUGAUGAAAAUAGAUUCAUGAUAGUUUUAAUUGUCUGGUCUUAAAUUAGAAAUUUUAGGUUAGGCAAUGCAUUUUUAAUAAAUUUACCAGAUUUUUAAAAUUUAGUUGUUUUUUUUUUUCCAAUUGAAAAAUUCAUGUUUUCAUUAACGGCAGAUGCAAACCAAAAUUCACAGAUGAUAGUCCCUCUCUAGAGCAUUUAGAUCAUUAAAAUGACAGAUUGGGGGCUCACCAGCUCAACUUCCAGGUGCUUCUCUGAAAUUGUGCCUGAUAACAAACAAAUGACAUUUAAUGGAUGUUUUAUGCCAAUUGUUUAAUUUAGAAAUCCUGUUUAGAAAUGUAUUAUUAGAUGGUUAAAGCUAUUCUGUAUAGCUAUAACUUGUGUAAACUUUGUAACUCAAUGAAUGUUCUUUAUUUGUGACCAGAAGGCUACGAGGUCAAAUCCCUCACCUGCUGGGCCACUGUUGAGUCCCUGGAUUGUGUUUCACUUGUAAAUGUGACUGAUGCAUUAAUAUAAAUAUUAUUAUAUUAUUA